AUGAUAAGAAUUUAUCCUUAUCCUUUCAGCAAACAUGUUAAAUCAUUGCCAGACCCCCCACCACCUAAAUCGAGAGAAAUAAAGCGUUUUGAGUGUAAAAAAUAUGAAAAUGACUAUAGUUGGUUACUUGAAGCAAAAAAUAAUUUGAGAAAAUGUUUUCAUUUGUGCAAUUCAUGCUCAAAAAAAUUUAAUUAUAUGAGAUGUUUAGUAAAAAAUUCAAAUGUGUAUUAUGAAUACAACCUAAACAACAAAAUCUUAAAAAAUAAAUUGAAAGAAGAUACACAACAUAAAGAGAAUAAUUAUGAUAUCAAUUUACAUGAGUACAAUAAAAGUACUAGCCAUAAUAAUAAUUUGUAUAAUGUAAAAAACAACGUACUUAAGAUAAAUAGUAAUAAAUCUAAAAAUAAUAUGUAUAAUAAUCAAAACAUUGAAAACACAAAAGCAAUAAAAAAUAAUAGUAUAAUAUUUAGUAACUCUUUAAAUAAUAACGAAAAUGAAUCUUUAUCAUUCAAUGAUGAUGUGUACAUAUUUUUAGAUGAUUAUUCUAAAAAAGAAUCAAAAAGUUAUAAAAGAGAUGAAGAAAAUUAUAUUAAUAAAAAUUCAGAAGAUAUGAUAAUAUAUAUAAAACGACAUUUUAAAAAUAACAUUUCGUAUUUUGCUUGUGAGCAUAUUAAGCUUAAUGAUUUAUGUAAUUUGAAUGACGAAGAUAAUAAUUAUGAUAAUAUAAACAUUUACAUGUAUGAUAAUGAUAAGGAAGAUUUUAUGCAUAAUUGUUUAAUAAAUUUUAGUGAAGAAAAUGAAUUAUAUAGUUUACCACAACCCUGCGUUAUAAAUGGAGUAGAUGAAGAUGAAAAAGAACCAUCAAAGGAACAAACUAAUAUGAAUAUAUCUAAUGCCAAAUUUAAGAAUAAUUUUUUCUUAAAAAUAAAUGAUUUAAAGGGAAGAAAUUCAGAGAAUAAUAUCAAUGAUAUUACACAAAUUGAUGAGAAUUGCGAAUUUAUUAAUGCUUCUAAUUUUCUUAAUAAUAAAAAAUUUAACAUUUUAAGCACUGUAAAAGAAAAAACAAAAAUGAAUGAUAUUGUCUUACAGAAUGAUGAAGAUAACAGAAGUUCAAAAAAAAUAUAUAGUCUUCCUCAAAAUGAUAAAAAAAAUAAUAAAUUAGAAUAUAAUACUAUAAAUAAAAAUAUGCAUUUUAAAAAUGUUAAGAAUUACCGUAAAAAUUCAAAAAAUGACUCAGAAAUUAUCUUCGAUGACAAUAUAAUUGAUAACAUUAAUUGUAGUAGUAAACAUAAGUUACUUCCUUUACUUAAAAUUGAUGAUGACACUAAAGAAAAUGUAAUUUAUUUGGACAAAAAAGAAUUUUAUUUUAACGAUUUUCUAAAAGAAAAACAAAUAAAUGAAGAUUGUAAAAGUGAUAAAAAAAACAUCAUAAUUCCUAAAGAUAAUAUUAAGGGUAAUAAGAAUCAUGGAAUUAUGGCAAACUUCGAUUAUGAUGAUGGAUAUUAUGAAAAUAGGGUUAAUAAAAAUGAUAAUAGUAAAAAAAACUUUGAAAAAUAUGAUGUUAAAAAAGUAAAUAAAUCAAUAAAUUUAAGCAAAGAAAGGAACUCACUAACGUUAAUGGAUGAACUAAAUGAAAAAUUAAUAAAGAGAAAAAAUUCACAUUUUGCAGGUAAUGAGGAAAAAAAUAAAAAUAUAUCAUGUAUGUUAGCAUGUAAUGAAAAAGAAAAAAGAACUGUUAGUAAAUCUAUAGAAGAAGAAUUAAUGAUUAAUAAUAGAAAUCUCUAUAAAGAAGUGUUAAAAAAUAACAUUGCUUCUAUGAAACAAAAUAUGAACUUAACAAAUAUAUAUAAAAAUAACACCAAAAAAAACGUAACAAUUAAUAAUGUUAAUAUCAAUGAAUUCAAAAAUAAACUUAUAAAUGGUGUGACUUCAGUUUCAAAUGUACAAAGAAACAGGCUGAAGAAAUCAAUUGUAUUAGAUGAAACUAAAAAAAGUAAAGAAAACGAAAAAAUAAAAAAUUGCUAUAACAGUGAACAUAAAGAAAAUAUUUCUAAUAAAGAUACUAAUUAUUUUAAAGAGGGUAAUAAUUUGAAUAGGAAUAAAAGCAAUGAAAUUAAUACAAAAAAAGGGAAUUUUAAAGAAGCACAUAAUGAUAUUAAUGGCGAUAUGGGGAUACAAAGUUAUGAUAUAGAAGUAAACUCUUUAACUAUUGAUGAAAAACAAAAAAGUAGUAAUAUAAAAUUAUUAAAACAAAUAAAAAGAAAUAAUUACCUGGAACAAAAUGAAAGGGAUGAAGAUAAAAUUAAAAAUGAUUAUUUAUAUUUUGGACAAAUUGAACAAAUUUAUGAAAAAAAAAAUAUUUGGAAUAUUGUUCAUAACAAAAUAUUAGACAUAAACAAAGAAGAAAAAUAUAAAGUUAAAAAUAAAGAAUAUAAUCAAUCAAAGUUGAUUCAAAAUAAAGAAGAAACUAUUUUCAAUGAUAGCAUAAAAAAAAAUAAAUAUUUUACUAAUAAAGAUUCAUCGAAUUCAAAUGAUAUUCAUAAAAAAAAUUCAAAUGAAAUUCGUAUGAAUAAGGAAGAUACCAUUAUGAAAGCUUUAAAUGGAAUGGGAAGUAAUGAUAGUAACAGAAUAUAUAUAAAUAGGAGUGAUAACAGUAAUUCUGAUAAUAAAAUUAAUGAUAAUAGUGACAUUCAUAAGAAUAGUGAAGAUAAGAGUAACUUUCCAAAAAAAUAUAUAUUUAAUUCUUUAAUUAAAAAUUACGAAUCUGGAUUAAAUAAUUGUGAGAAUUCUCGAGUCAAAAAUGAGUUAAUAGAAAUCAACUGUAGUGGUACUAAAAAACAUAACUAUGAUUUCAAUGUAGAAAAUUUACGUAUUUCUAGAAAACACGAAAACAAUUCAACAAACAAUUGGAGCAAUGGCACAUCAAUGUCUUUUAAUAAAACAAAAUUUUCAAAUAAUUUAAAAUUUAAUAACAAUAAUGAUUUAAUUAGAAAAAAUAAAUUAGAUAAUCAUUAUUUAAAAAAUAAAAUAUAUUUUAACCAAAAUAAGGGAGUAAAUACUAAAUAUAAUGGUAUAAGUAACAGAUCAAAAGAAUCAGAUAAAUUAAAGUGUUGUAAGAAUAUAAAUAAUGAAAAUUUUGUGAGUAACUAUUUUAUUUAUGAUAAAAAAAAAGAAGAAAGAAAACAGCAAAACAUAGAAUGUGAGGUAAAUAAAAUUGGUUGUGAUGAAAGGUUAAAUAAAAAAUUGAAAGAAAAAUUAGGAAAUAUUUUAAAUUUAUAUACUAAUCCUAGUAAAAUAAAUAUUCACAACAGAAUAUAUACGUCCGAUAUGGAAAAAAACGAUUUGGAUAAUAAAAAAGUAGUAUAUAUUAAUAAUAAUUAUUUUUUUAAUAUAGACAAGGAUAACUAUUUUGAAAAUGCAAAUGGAAAGUUCCCAGAAAAUUCAAUGAAAUAUAAUUUUAAAAAGUUCAAUUUGCAAUAUUGUAAAAAUAAAAAUGAUUUUUAUAGUUUUAAAUAUAUGAGCAACGUUUUAUCAAGUAGCUGUAGUUUGUCGAAAGAAUGUAUUUUGAGUGAGAGCUUUGAAUCUAAUAUUUUAGAGGAAAAAUUUCAUAAAUUAAGUGAUUUAAGAAAUAAAUAUUUAUUAAGAAAAUAUUUAAAUAAAGUUUUGAAUAAAAAAAAAUUUCAAUCUAUUAGUAAUAUAGAUAAGAAAAUAUCAAGCAUUAACCAAAGAAAAUUGAAGUAUAAUAUGAAAAAAGAUAUAUGUGAUGAAAAUUCGAAAAGUGAGAAUAAUUUUAACACAAAAAAAAAAUUUAAUGAAUACUUAAAUAUUAAACAAAGAAUUAAUACUAAUAAGUGUGAAGCACCUAAAUCACCAAAAAAGCAGGAUAAAAUACCUAAGCCAUCAGCUAGUCAAUUGGAGAUUAAUUCGUUGUCUCAUUUAAAAAAAACACCAUCAUAUCCAUUUGAAGAAUUUCUAAAUAUUUAUUAA